CUUUAUUUGAAGCCCAAUUUAAAGUAUGCAGACGGGGCAGGCUGCCCGUGGACCGCUUCAAACUGAGUCUACAACCGGGCUGAGAGCAGACGAUGCAUAGACAUCCUGAUCACGGGGUUUCGGAGGAGACGGGAAGAUGCUGCUGAUGCUGAGGCUGCCGCUAUGAGCGCCGCCGGCUGCAGCGGAUCGCUGUAACUCUGCACAGAGGGGAGGGAAGCUCCUCCAACACCACCAAAAUAGACCGGCUCACUCACUCUGACCUGGACAAUGAGCAAUGAUCUGCCUGUUUUGACAAGUUUGACUGAGAACUCCACUGAUGUGCCUGUGUCAGCGGGCCAGGUGGAGAAUUAUGUGCUGCUGUUGGUGCUGCUGAGUGUUUUUGCCGGGGGGACGCUGGUUCUGCUCUCCCUGCUGCUCCUCUUCUGUCACCGCUGCUGCUUGGGCGGACGACGCUACUCCAGAGCGAGCGAUGACCCUGAGAAGACAAACACCACUUAUGCUGAGGAUUCUCAGCCCACACAAGAAAUUACAAUUCGCCUGGAUGAAUCAGAUGCCCUCUCAGCAUCGAGCUUUCAUGAUGGAGAGUCGGAGAGAUUUGUUUCCACGGGGUCCACCGGCCGAAGAGUCUCCUUCAAUGAAUCUGCACUUUACGAACAGGAGAAAACGACUCAGGACAAAGCACGCAGGUACACGCUGACUGAAGGAGACUUCCACCACCUGAAAAAGGCCCGACUUACCCACCUUCAUUUGCCUCCAGCCCCAUGUGACCUGAAAAUACUCACCAUCAUGGAGUGCGACUCAACAGAGAGCAGCACCAUCAAUAUCAAUGAGACUGCAAUGUCCAAACUACCCCUCACCAUCUACCAGCCUCCUGAUAGAAGAAUCCCUGACUGGAUGGGACAGAGUCUGAGUGGAGGACUUCCAGGAGACCCACAUCACUCCAUCGUUCUGGACCAGGAAUGCAGGCGGUCCUCAUUAGCCAUGAAAACACAGCACACUCGAUCCCAGACAAUGGAGGCUCUCGGGAACAGGGGGGAGGCCGAGAGUGAAUGGGGACAGAGAGGAGAGCCCACACAACCUCCAAGUCAGACUUCAGUUCUACAUUUCUUCUCUAAACUGCGGCGGCAUGCCAGUCUGGAGGGGGCUGGGCCUUACUUUAAAAGGUGGAAGUUUGACACCAGUCACCGGGCUGCCAGUCUGGAUGCCAAAGGGUCCCCAAAGAGGAGGCCCUUUCAGAGACAGAGAGCAGCAAGUGAAAACACAGAUCACACUGAAGAUGAAUCCUCUCCUCUCCCGGAAGAUGCCUUUGAAUCUUUCCCACAUACGCCCAUCCAGACCAGUGGCCUCCAGUCCCUCUCUGCAGAGUCUCUCUCUCAUCCUGCAGCUGCAUCCACAACUUCAGUCUUCCUCAGGAGGCUUAAACUGGAGGCUAUGGUGGAGGUAGGUGGUAGCAUCAGCUCCAGGAGAGAUGAACUCCGUUUGCCAUCAGAUCCUGCUCAAAGGCGAGAGGAGGCCACAUUCAAUGGACCCAGAGUGGAAGAAGAGACUAUGUUUAGAGCCGUUAUAAGAACAGAAGCAGCAGGAGAUGAGCUUGAGUCUGCAGAAGAUGAUGACUUGUUUGGGGCAGAACAAGAAGCUGCCAUGCAGGAAAGAUUUGACGACAUGUUAAUGAAAACUGACACCAACACAGGCGGCAGCACAGUCGAUGUGAGGAAAAAGAAUGAGACAGAGGUGGAUGAUGGAGAUGAAGUAGUUUUAGGAGCUGAAGCCAGACAAAGGACUGACUCAGGCUCAUCUCUUUCAUUCAUGAUUCGCCAGGAGAGCUCAGAGGCCCCUCCCUCCCUGUACAGAGACAUUUGGAGCUUGCGAGCCUCUCUGGAGCAGUAUGCCUCCUCAGACCAGAGCAGCACAGAUCACGAGUCCAUCCGCAGUGAUGCAGACAGCAUCUCAUCCAUUGGUGGUGCAGGAGCUCGUUCUGGUCUUGACAGCUGCCUGUCCCAAGAUCUGGAUGAUGAGCCUGAAGGAGAAGGGGAAGGAGAGGGAUUGGAGGGGGGAACUAGAGGGGCAUCAGGUGUGGACAGCGAGAUGGGAAGUGGAGCUGGAGGAGAGGGUGAGGGAGGAAACAGGAAGCUUCUUCAAAUGGACAGUGGCUAUGCCUCUAUUGAAGCACCAUCCAAGGCCCCUGAAGAGAUGCGGCUGUUUGGGACUCCAGGAGCUCCUCGGGGUAAGACAGCAUCUGAGAGAAGACUGUUUUUCACCAACGCAGGAAGAAAAGGAUCAGUGUGUGAAAGCACUGAGGCCAGGCUGUUUCAGGAGGAGCUGGAGGACCAGAUGGUAGAUGGCACAGGGGACAAAACAAAGCAGAAAUCUCAGAUUAGUGGUCUAUCUUACACCCUUCAAGAACCACAUCAACUCAUGAAAUCCCUUCAUCCUCAGAAAACUCCAGAAUCCCACACUCAAUUAUUGUCUCCAGUACUAAAGCCAGUCAGUCAGCCAUCCAGUCCUCACCGACCUCGUCUCCGCCGCCGUGACUACAGCAUUGAUGAAAAGACAGAUGCUCUUUUUAAUGAGUUCCUUCGUCAUGACCCACGCUUUGACCAGCAGGACUCUCCGUUACGCUCCAGGCACAGAUCCAGAGUUCACCUUCGAAAACAGUGGCAAAGACAUAAGCAAUACAGUGACCCAGGCUCAGUCUCUGGCGGAAGGUACUCGCCAUCUUUGGAGAGGCAGAGGUUUGUUCCGCUGAGAAGGGGUGACAGUGCCGGUUACCCUCUGGACACAAGAUAUCACAGCACCCUGUCACGCAUAGCGAGUGCUGCAGAUGAAGAAGCUAGCGAAGUUGCGGCUUCUGAAGAGGCAGCCAAGGAGAGAGCAGAGAGCAAAGAUCAAAAAAGUGAGGGAGCUGCAGAGAACGCUGCUGAGAGUGCAGCAAACAAAACAUGUGAAGUAACCACCACAACAAAAAGCAGCUCUAGCUGUGAAGAGUCCACUGCUGAGGCUGAUGGUCACCAAGUCUCUCCAAACAAGGACACAGAAAGCACAACUAUUCAGUCUGUGAGCGCUGUGACUGCACACAUGAGCCACAUGGAUCCAAGAGUGGACAACAGGAACAACAACAGUAGCCAAGCUAUCCUAUCAGAGGUUUCCCUGCAGGCAGAAAGCAGUGUGACAGAUAAGCUGGUGGUGUCAGUGGAAGAGAGGCUUUACGGAGGCCUGCGGAGUGCAGAGAAACCUGGACAGGCAGGAUCAGAGUGUGAGCUUACCGUGUCUCACACAGCCUCACCUGGAUUCAGUCCAAUAUAACUUAUUAGCUAUGCCAUUUCCUUCAUCGCUUUCUUUCAGAUCCGGUGCAUCUGAUCAGCUACACAUCUGGACUCAAAAGGUCCACAGCAAUUCAGACAUCAGGUGUUAAAUACGGUCAGACGUCUUCUACUGGCCAGAAGUACCUUCUUGAUGGCCGGUCUAGUCCAGCAUUCAUUCAAACCUUAACUGCCACGGUGAUGCCAUGUGACGUGAUGUCCCCUUCUAUUGGUACUCAUUCUUAAAAAAAAUCAAUUGCACUUAUCUCAUAGCUUUGGAGAUGUACACGAUCAUUAAGACAAAAGAUAUUUUCAGACUUAACUGAGUUUUUAAGCAUGCUACUGAAGGUAAAAAAAAAUAUGUAUUUAAGUACUGUACAGGUUUAACUUCAGACAAAAAAGCACUUUCAAGGGAAGAAUGACAAUGAAGGUGUCACCAAUUUCUCUCAUUUCUUAAACCCUAUCCUCCUCAAGUGUCCUUGUCUUGCUCAUCAUGAGAGUAAAUGUGUGAGAGCCGUUUUGUAUUUGGCAAUAUGAACAAGGCUUCAGUGUUUAACACUUUCUUCAUAAACACUGUGUCAUCGGCUGUGUAGAUAACACUCCAUGUGUUAAAGUACACUACCCGUCAUAGGUUUGGGAACACUUUUCCAGCAAAUCCAAUGGGAAAACUUAUGACCAGUAGUGUACAAUGAGAUGGUAAAUACAAGAGACGGUCAAAACAGUGGUGGAAAUGCAGGCAUUAACCAUCUUUACAAAAACAUUUCAUACAUUUUUAUUAGUCAUUAGUUCCUGUUGCACAUCAUAACUAAGGAGGUAGUAUCCAGGAGCUUCCGUGGAGUGCCGCCCACACUGAGCUGAGGGAAGACUGACAGAUGAUGGUUAAAGUGACUGACACGGGAUCCUCUCAGGCGUUUACACAGUUGGCCCAGUGACAAAGAGUUGAUGUUGUGAAUCGGAGGAUGAAAAUUAUAAGAGAUGACAGUCUGCUUGCAGCAGAAACAGAUAAAACUGUGUAUCACCCCCCCCCCCAAAAAAAACACAAACAAAAACCAAUGCUGAACUUGUACUGAUGAGAUGUUUAGCCAAAACUUUUCUAUCUAGAGUUUCAUUUGCUGCAGAGUCUCAUGCUGGAGGAAAUGCAACAUGUUUAAGUUCUGCAGAUUUCAUCUUAAUGACAUGAAUGCACACUUGAGCAUCAAUUUAUUUUUAUUUUUUCCUUAAUUUGAAAAAGUUAUGGACAUCGGGGUG